UUCUUUUAGCAAGCUCGAGAUAUCCAUCUUGUACCUUACUUUUUUUUUGAAAACUUAACUUUUUAAGUUCAUUUUUGUAAUUCUCCUUUCAGUUUACUUUAGGGAUCCCUACAUUUACAUUUUCAAUAUGAGGAAUUCAGUCAUUAUCGGUUCUCUUCUCGCAGCUGCCGCUGUUGGUUAUGGUGUCUAUUUUGAUUACAAGCGUCGUAACGACCCUGCUUUCCGCAAAACUUUGAAGCGCCGCUACAAGAAAGUUCAUGAAGCUAAGAAGCAAGAAGAAGAGAUUGCUAUUAAGCAAUUUGAUGAAGUUAUUGAGGAUGCUCUCGAGAUCGUCAAGUCUACACCCACUCCCAGCAGCGCUGAAGAAAAGGAACUUUUCUUCAUGCAGCAAGUUGCUCGCGGUGAACAACUUUUCCAACAACAACCCGACAAUAUCAAGGAAUCUGCUGCUUGCUUUUAUGCUGCCCUAAAAGUAUACCCUCAGCCUGUUGAGUUGUUCGCCAUUUACGAACGCACCGUUCCUGAACCCAUCAUGAAUCUUUUGAGAGCUAUGCAAACUAAGGAAAGCACUCCUACUGUAGAGUAAACUCUUAAUUCCUAAUAAAACUAUAUUUCAUUACAUUACUAAGAAA